UACACAAUUUUGCAAAAUCAAUACAAUAUUGUGUCUAAUAUAUACCAGAUUAACUUCUUAUUAUUGAGUUGUUGUUGUAAAUAAAUAUCACAUUUGCAACUGGUGAGUCACUUCAGGUAACCCUAGAAGAGUGAUUAAAAGCUGCCAAAACUGAAGAAAAAAAAAAAAAAAACUUACUUUCAAAGCUGCUACAUAUUAAUGACUUUCUACUUCGAGGACCUUAAAUGUAGUGGAGUAAAAAGUAUGAUAUUUGUCUUUCAAAUGUAGUGCAGUUAAAGUCAUGAGUUUCCAGAAAAAGCGUCUGCUAAAUGACUAAAUGUUAAUGUAAGUAAAGUACAGAUACUCCAAAAGUGUGAUUAAGUACAAUACCCAAGUAAAUGUACUUCAUUGUUGUGCACCUCUGAUUAUUAUUAUAGAUCGUCUGCUGACCAGACAUGAGUCACAGACUCGAAGCUUCCGGAUGUUUGUGCUUCAAGCUGCCCAAAACAACAGCUGUAUGAAACACUGCACACGCCCUUCACUGAUGUUCAUUACAUUAUAUUGACUUUCAAACUGUUUCUGAAACACACAGAUUACGAUUUUAAUCUUUUAUCAACAUUUCAACUUAAACAAGGCAUUAGAUUUACACGCGGCUUUGUUCCGUAGCUGAUGCUCGCCUUGAGUUUGAUCUGACCGGGGCAAAACAAACAUUUCCUCGCCGCGUAUUUUAGUCUCCAAAGAAAGUCAAGAGCCUCUGCUUGGUGUUCGCUUGUUUUUAACUGCGUCAAACUGUUUUACUACUCGAGUUUUGCCCUUCAAUGUAGGAGAAGAAAGCACAAACGCGAGGAUCUCGCAGAGGCGCGCAGACACAGAGCGGCGGGUUGAGUCUAUAAGGUUCUCAUGUGUUGUUUAAGAGCGCAGCGCUGCUCGAGCGACACUCAUCUUUGAACUCAGUGUCUGAUAGACUGUCUGUAAAUCCGCUCGUAUCAAUGGCAGAAACCGCUCCAGCCCCGGCUCCUGCCGCUCCGCCGGCCAAAGCGCCCAAGAAGAAGUCCGCUGCUAAAGCCAAGAAAGCAGGUCCAGGCGUCGGUGAGCUGAUCGUCAAAGCCGUGUCCGCGUCCAAGGAGAGGAGCGGCGUGUCCCUCGCCGCGCUGAAGAAAGCUCUCGCCGCCGGCGGCUACGACGUGGAGAAGAAGAACUCCCGCGUCAAGCUCGCCAUCAAGAGCCUGGUGACUAAAGGCACCCUGGUGCAGGUCAAAGGGACCGGCGCCUCCGGCUCCUUCAAGCUCAGCAAGACCGAGACCAAGAAGAAACCGGCCAAGAAAGCGGCUCCUAAAGCCAAGAAGCCCGCGGCCAAGAAACCCGCUGCUGCCAAGAAGCCAAAGAGCGCAGCGGCAAAGAAGCCCGCCGCUAAGAAAUCACCCAAGAAGGCCAAGAAACCCGCCGCUGCAGCCACUAAGAAGGCGACGAAGAGCCCCAAGAAGGCAAAGAAGCCGGCAGCGCCCAAGAAAGCAGCCAAGAGCCCCAAAAAAGCCAAGACUGCCAAACCCAAGGUGGCCCAGCCUAAAGCUGCAAAGCCUAAAGCAGCAAAGCCUAAAAAGGCAGCUCCCAAGAAGUAAACAUUUACUGUUUUAUUCCCCAACGGCUCUUUUCAGAGCCACCCACAAACUCUACAGAAAGAGCAAACGUGCAGUUCAGUUCUUAACUUAAAUUAUUGUAAUAUGUGUUUACCUCCACUGUGUUUUACAUGUUUACUGAAUUUAGAAA